CUUUUUCUUCUAUUGUCUCAGAUUUUAGGCUGACAGGAAAGUUGUUGUUUUUAUUGUUUUUGGUUCUUGUAUGAACAAUGUAGAUUGCUGAUGAGAGCAGUGGGGGUUUUCCAAAUGCAAAGAAUAAUGGAAUGAACUAUACACGUUGUGAAAGAAAGCGUGAAAUGAAAGCUCCAAGUUUGGUUGCUAGGCUCAUGCGUUUGGAAUUGAUGCCGGCAGGAUCAGGCAGUAAGCCCCAAAAGGCUUCAACUUCUGAAACUUGGAGUAAUGUGGCAGACAAACUUGGUGCUCGACCUGGCGUAUCUGAUAAAGAAGAUAUGGAUUUUGAGAUGGCCGAAAUAAAGAGUUCAGAACUAGGUUUGCAAAGGUUUAGAGCUAAAUGUGCUCUCACUUAUCCUACUAGAUAUUUUUCUCCUUUGGAAGAUGAAGAUGAUUUAGUUGGGAAUUCACUUGAUCACUAUUCAAAUGACAGCUACCUCUCCAGCAGUCCCAAUAGUAGCUCAAAGGACAAAGUGCUUGCUCAAUCAGUGGACUCUGUUGAUGAUGAACCACUCUUUCCAGAACCUGAUAGAGAUCUUUCGGAUUGUGAGACCUCAUUAUCCACCAGGAAGAGUUGCAGAGAACUGAUUCAUAACGUUUCUGGAGUGCUCAGCAAGAUUGAUCAGUUGAAAGGAAGCAACCUCAGCUAUGAAAAAGAGGUCAUUUUGAAUGCUGAACUUAUACUUAGAACUACACCUCAACAGCAGGCUCUACCUGUAGAGGAUGGGUUCUCUGUGAGCCAUUUUCUCCUCAAUGAACAUGAAAUGUUUUAGAGUUUUCUGUGGAUGGCUUUCGGUGAGUUUCUUGGCUGUAAUGACCCAAAACAGAUGAAUCAGCUUAAAGGAUUCACCUUUGAUUGUCUAUUACAGUACCUUGACACAAAAUUUUCUCCAAUCUCUGAUUAUGGUUUCAGAACCUGUACCAAACUACCAUCAAGUAUGACCAAAGAGAUUCUGAUUGCUGAUUUAUUAAUGAGGUCGAAGAGUGGACAAAAUUUGUUGGUUUGAUCCCAGAUGACCUAAUAGAAUGGGAUAUGAGCCAUUCUUUGGGUAAAUGUACGGACUUCGAGAUUGAAGAAUAUGAAUGUGGCACUGAAGUUGCUAGGCAUAUUCUCCAAGAAUUAGUACAUGAAGUUGUCUUAGACCUCUACAGUUCUAGCUAAAUUUGGUGGAACGGUUAGUAGCUCCUUUUUUGAGACUUUGUUGCAAGCCUAUCAGUGCUGUUUUCAUGUGAUAACUCUUGACUCAAUAAUGUCAAGCAAAGUAUUUUGUACAAAUCAUUGAUUCUGCAUCUGAUUCGACUUAUUGUACUUGUGCUUUUGCAUUUAUGAAUAUUAAGAACAAUCCCUUCAUGAA